UUUACAAGAGUAAAAUAAACGAGCCAUCGGGCUUGACCAACACAUAAUAGGCAAGAGACGGCCCGUCAUACGACGAGAAGAAAAGAAUGCCAAGGGUAACCACUCUACUGCGGAAGGGCUACAAAGCUAUUCACGAUUUCGAUCUUCUUAAAGCCUUGCAAUCCGAGAUCAGACACGAACAAUCCUCUAAUCACUUCCAGGAUAAUCAAAGUGGUUCUUUGGGAGAUUUUGUGUUGGAUUGGGAUUCACCGCAGUCCCAAGAUGUGGUUUUGCGGAAGAAAUGUGAGUCAGGUGAGGAGGUUGCUGUUUCAGCUUUGUUGGGUCCUGAAACCUAUGAAGGACAGAGUAGCUUUCCUAGGGAAGCUUUAAUGAAGGUAUGCGUAAAAAAGCCUGGAUUGAGUUCCAUCUUACAAUUUGAUUGUGGUGCAUUUGGUAAAGGUGACGGUGGCUCUGAGUUUGCUAUCCACAAUGCCUAUUAUAUCCCAUCAUCAACUUGUUUGGACUCUUCAAUCUACAAGGGCCCCUCAUUCAGAUGCAGGCUUCUGAUGAGUUUAGGGAAGAAGCAUCUUGUUGCUCCUUUUGACCACAAGUUCAUUGGACCCACAUUUGCAAGACGAGCUCAAAAACUAUCUAGUGGCCAAGGGAAUCGAGGACAUGUUUACCAACUUCGUCCUCCUCCACCUGCACCGGAAGGAGAUAGGUCAGUAUGUGAAAUGGCUACACAAAUUGGAAGAGAUAGUGGCAGUAGCACCUAGUGAAUGAUUAGACAAAUGCCAAAACAAGUUUACUUAUUAUACAUCCUCAAAAUUUUCUAUUGCGCGCGCGCACACAAUUGUCCAUCAUUGUUGUAUUAGGCAAAGAAUGUUGUUAACUGAGUUAAAUUUUUUUGUCAUGUUGGUUGACUUCAUUACUUUGAUGACUGUAUCAUGUUGGUGAACAUGUUUUAAGCCUAUAUGUCAUUAUUUUUACUCUGAUUUAAGAUGUAACUCGAGAGCAUACUUUGAUUGAAUUGAAAAGUUUAUCAAUUCUGGGGUACCUCUAAAA